AUGCAAAGCAUUUCGACCACUGUGCCCAUUCGCCGCACGAUAACAUCUUCUGGUCCAUGGCGAAGAAACUUGCAAGCAAGGGCACUAAAGACAGUAGUGAAUGCAAGGCCACCCAUUCGCGAGUACUUUUACUACAUUGAUGUCCAUGGGCAGCUGUUUUUGCAUGAUACUGUUCCUCGAAACUUUACAACAUGCUUCAAGGAUAAACGGUUUCUCGAUUUCUUCUUUUCACGACUCCGUUUGAAUGACUUGCAGCAAGCUCACGCCCGAGAUGGCUAUCGAUAUGUGAGCCCGUGCGGACGGGAGAUGAAUUAUGUCCAGGCGGAGGAUGCUCCGAUUGUGUUUCAAGAUUUAACGCCAGAUGGCUCUCAGCUCACGUACGCAGGUUCACAUGUCCACCCCUUCUCGCCCUCCUCCCUCUACAUGUCCGCCACAUCUGGUCGUCUUUAUCAUCCCCUCCCUUCUGCCCUGAAUCUAUCGCCAACGUGGAUGCUGGACGACAGGCGAACGUCGAUACCACCACUAGGUCUCCUUCGGUCUUCUCUAGUGCUAGCAAAACUAUUUGAUAAACUUAAUGUGGAGAAUGGGAGUGUGCAGUGGAAUGGACGGGAAUUCCCCCUUCAUGUAAUUGAUUAG